AUGUCUAACAGUAAUAGCAAAAAUAAUAGUAGUAAUAGUAAAAAUAAUAAUAGUAAUAGUAAAAAUAAUAAUAGUGAUAGUGAUAGUAGAACAAUUAAAUCAUCUGAUGGAUCAACCGGAUAUAUUAAUGGAUCAGCCAAACUCACGAAUGGAUCAGCCAAACUCACGAAUGGAUCAGCCAAACCUACGAAUGGAUCAACCAAACUUACGAAUGGAUUAGCUGAAUUUAUGAAUGGAUCAGCGGGAUAUACUAAUGGAGCGACUGGACUUACGAAUGGAUCAGCGGGAUAUACUAAUGGAGCGACUGGACUUACGAAUGGAUCAGCCAAACCUACGAAUGGAUCAACCAAACUUACGAAUGGAUCAGUUAAACUUACAAAUGGAUCAGCCAAACUUACGAAUGGAUCAGCAAAACUUAUGAAUGGAUUAACUGGAAAUACAUAUGGAUCAACGGGAUAUAUUAAUGAAUCAUCCAAACUCACGAAUGGGACAUCCAAACUUACGAAUGGAUCAACCAAACUCACGAAUGGGACAUCCAAACCUACGAAUGGAUCAACCAACCUUACGAAUGGAUCAACCAAACUCACGAAUGGACCAGCCAAACUUACGAAUGGAUCAACCAACCUUACGAAUGGAUCAACCAAACUCACGAAUGGACCAGCCAAACUUACGAAUGGAUCUGCGAGAUAUACUAAUGGACCAGCCAAACUUACGAAUGGAUCUGCGAGAUAUACUAAUGGAUCAGCAAAACUUACGAAUGGAUCAAUCAAACUCACGAAUGGAUUAGCUGAACUUAUGAAUGGAUCUGCCGGACUUACGAAUGGAUUGGCUGAAUUUAUGAAUGGAUCUGCGAGACUUACAAGUGGAUUAGAUAAAUUUAUGAAUGGAUCAGCUGAAUUUAUAAAUGGAACGACUAAUUAUAAUAAUUUUGGUGUGAAAAAAAAUACGAACGGAUUAACUAGACUUAUAAGUUUACUACCUGAAAUUAUGAAUGGAUCAACUGGACUUAUGAAUGAAUCAACUAGAUAUACGAGUGGAUUAACUGGACUUAUGAAUGGAUCAUCAUCUAAUACGAAUGGAUCAUCAUCUAAUACGAAUGGAUCAUCAUCUAAUACGAAUGAAUCAUCAUCUAAUACGAAUGGAUCAUCAUCUAAUACGAAUGGAUCGUCAUCUAAUACGAAUGGAUCGUCAUCUAAUACGAAUGGAUCAUCAUCUAAUACGAAUGGAUCAUCAUCUAAUACGAAUGGAUCAUCAUCUAAUUCUAAUGAAUCAUCUCUUAAUUCUAAUGAAUCAACUAAAUAUACGAAUGGAAAAAAUUAA